AUGUUUUCCUGCUGGUUGGUCCUUUGGGAGCCGCCAAGACCUGCCUCACUCAAGGUAUCGCCGAAGGUCUCGGAGUGUCCGGUUAUGUCAGGAGUCCAACCUUCGUUUUGA